AUGAGGGCGCAAUUGGCCCGCCAUGCUCGACGGGUCCUCAUCCAGCAAGUCCGAUCCCCGUCUUGCGCCGUCUAUUCUACACCCCUUCGCCGAACACGAUUACCAAGAACAAUAAACAAUGGCUACUCACGGCGAUACUUCCUCGAAGCCUUGUUCUCCAAAGCACCUCGCGAGAUCCGCCAACCCGAAUUCGAACCAGGAUGGCAGCAGAUUAUGAUUUGGAGGAGUCGCAUGCUCGACAACUUACGUCCUCCGCCUACACCAGAGCUUGUUCAGGCCUGGAGGUCUUUCUUUGAAGGAAAACUCUCUAGCCGAAGGCCAUUGAAUGGCACUCAGGCAAUGCAAUGUAGUCGACUGCUCCCCUACCUCGUGGUACAACGUCAAUUUCCCUUUACAGCAAAGAUUGAGAUCGCCGAUGUUAUCAAUGCCCUCAACGUCCUUUGCAGACUUCGACCUCGCGAACGAACUACAGAACAUCUUAAACUAGCCAACGCUCUCUGGACUGCCGUUGAAGAUCCACGUAUGCACGAAAAGCCCGGCUGGACGACUCGCGGUGGAUUAUGGUGCACCUUUAUCGAAGUGCUGUGUCUCUAUGGUGGAUCGAAGGAGGCUCUCCAAAUGAUUUAUGAUAAAAAGGACGAGGUAAUGCAGUACUGCGACAAGAAAACGAAAAACCCCAUAUUAUGGAUGUGCCAGGGAUUGGCUCGCGAAGGUCAUGAAGAGGAUCUUGUCAACUUUGUCAAUUGGGCGCAGGAAAAUGGCUAUCCAUUCGAAAAACACAUUCAGCGCGUAAUGGUCGAUUUCUUUGCUGAGAGGGAUCGGGUCGAGGAGACAAAGUACUGGUUCGAGAAGCCCAUUCCUGGAACCCGCUCCAACCUAGUUAUACCACUCAUUGCUCACUUCGCUUCCCGCAACAACCUCCAGGAAUGGGCUGUUCCGUAUUUCCUUGAAAUCGGUGAAAAGCUCAACGGGAAGCCAGAAAAGCAUUACUGGGACAGCUUACUGCAGGCAAUCCUCAUUAUAGGAAAAGGGUUGCCCGAAGUGGAAAGUAUGAUGUCCAGAAUGGAAAGCUCACACGAGUCUUUCAAGUCGAAUACGGCCACCAUCAACAGCCUCCUCCGAGCUGGACUUGAGUUGAAAGACAUGUUGUUAGUCGAAGAGAUUCUUUCUCUCGCCGCCGACAAGGGUAUUCCAAUUGAUGGCGAGUCUCACCUUAUUCUCAUGGAGAUGCGACUCGAAGCGGGCUACAUACCUGGAGUUCAUGCGGCGUACAAAAAGGUUACACAUCAUGAGCCCUGGCACGUUAAGCCUGAUUUAUGGUGGGACUUUGGCCGACUCGUCAACACUUUCAUGAUGACUCUCACUACCCAGACGACGCCAAAUUUCAAACUCAUUGGUGAAAUAGUCGAAAUGUGCGAGGAGAACCAAGUGCUCCUCGAGCCUAGCACGGUGGCUUCUCUAUGCAUUCGGCUCUUGGAGAAUGAGAAGUACUACGAAGUGAUGGACAUUUUAUCUGUCCACGCUUUUCAGUUCAGUGCUGCUGAGCGAGAAACUAUCCAGGAAGCAUUUAGCAAGUUCUCUGCGGAUCUCAAGACAAGCACGUCAAGGGCAUGGAAUUGCUAUCAAAUCUUGCGGCAGUUCUUUCAAGAUCUCAGCUUUGAUCACCGUGUGCAGCUCAUGGAGGCAUUCUUCGACCGCAAGCGCCCAGACAUGGCAUCCCAUGUUUUUGGUCACAUGCGACAACAUCGAAAUAACGACUAUCAUCCCAAGCGGGAGACAUACAUCACAUUCUUCGAGAGAUUCUCAAGGUGUCCUGAUGAUGAGUCCUUGGAGAUUGUCCACAACAUGCUGAAGAUGGAUACGACAGUGGUUCCCAACACCAAGCUUUACACUUCCCUCAUGUUAUCCUACGCAUCUUGCGGCAAGUCCACUCAGGCAAUGGACUUUUGGCAAGCAAUCACAUCCUCUGCUGAGGGGCCGUCUUAUGCAAGUCUGGAAGCGGUCUUUUGGGCCCUUGAGCGCACACCAAGAGGUUCAAUCCACUCCCAUCUCAUCUGGAAGCGAAUUGAAAGCAUGGAGGUAGACGUUCCUCAGUCGGUAUACAAUGCCUAUGUCGGCGCCGUUGCUGGUAGUGGAGAGUUGGAAAAGGUUCAGGAUAUGCUCAUAAGGAUGAGCGUGGUGACGGGACAUGAACCAGAUGCAAUGACAUUGGGCAUUGCGUUUAAUGCUCUUCCAGGACAACAGCUACAAGCAGAUUUCAAGGCGUGGGCCCAGGGGCGAUAUUCUGAGGCAUGGGCCGCUCUCGAGUCAAAAGGCAAGCGACUUAACCAGGAUUCGCUAUGCCAAUACAAGCUCAAUAGAAUACUUAGAGCUUGA